CACAAGAUCCAUUGCCAUUCACCUCUCUCUCCCCCUUACGUGCUCGCACACUCCUUCCCUAACCAGCAAAAUCCCCAAUUUCGUUCCCGCACCGAGAGAUAAUUAGGGCAAAUACAGAUCCCCAAGAUUGGGAAAUGGAAGAAAAUCGCGUGCAAUUGUUGCAAUGCGGUUGCUGAUUGAUCGAAUCCAUUGAGGUCGGAAGCUGUACUGGAAUUUGAUCCGCUGAUUGAUGCUCUUCGGCCGAGCCCUGGUUCCAAGACACCGCCCAUGGAUUCGUUCUGGAGCCACAAUGUGGCACCGGACUCAUGGGAUUUCCUCAUCGCUGUCUACUUCGCUUUCGGAUUUUUCGUUGCUCGCCUCUUCUUUGACAGAUUCAUCUUUCGCAAAAUUUCUGUCUGGUUGUUGAGGAAGGGAUCUGCUCCAUUGAAGCUUGAUAUGGCCACGCUGGCAAAGAUUGUAAAAUGUUCGGAGUCAAUGUGGAAGCUAACAUACUAUGCCGCUGUUGAAGCAUGCAUUCUUAGCAUAGGCUACCAUGAGCCUUGGUUCAGAGAUACAAAAGAGUACUUUAAAGGCUGGCCAAACCAAGAGCUGGGGCUUCCCCUAAAGCUUUUCUAUAUGUGUCAGUUGGGAUUCUACAGCUACAGCAUUGCUGCCCUCCUUACAUGGGAGACUCGAAGGAAGGAUUUCUCAGUGAUGAUGUCUCACCAUGUAAUUACUGUUCUUCUAAUUGGGAUCUCAUACAUAACAAGCUUUUUUCGGAUUGGCUCAAUCAUUCUUGCCCUGCAUGACGGAAGUGACGUAUUUAUGGAAAGUGCCAAGGUUUUCAAGUAUUCUGAGAAGGAGCUCGCGGCAAGUGUGUUCUUUGGAUUUUUUGCUGUUUCAUGGGUCAUACUGCGGUUAAUAUUCUUCCCCUUCUGGGUCAUAAGCGCAUCAAGCUAUGAUCUUCGUGACUGCUUGGAUCUAUCGAAGCCCUCCCCCAAAGCUCUGUAUUAUGCAUUCAAUACAAUGUUACUGACCCUUUUUGUGUUCCACAUAUACUGGUGGGUUAUGAUUUGCUCAAUGAUAAGGAGACAGCUGAACAAUAGAGGAAAAGUUGGAGAAGAUAUUAGAUCAGAUUCAGAGGAUGAUGAUUAGGCGGAAGAUUUUCCCAAGUUCUUUUUUUUUUAGUAUGAUGAGGAGACUGCUUUUGACAUGGUUUAUCGCUGCACUCUAAAAUGGUCAUUAUCUGUAGGAAGGGCUUUGAUAAUUUCUUCCAUUUAUAAAUUUUCUAUGAUGAUUCUAAUGUGUAGUUGUAUGGAGGUAGGAACAUGGAGCAUGUCUCAUGAUAUAUUUGUUUGCCUUUCCCGGUGGAGUGUUUGUUUUGUUAACCUUUCCGGUGUAUAAAUAGAAGGCAAUUCUUGUAUAAUUCUUCUCUGGAUAAUCACUUGUUUCGACUUGGCCUUUGUAUCGAGAAAUGAAAGGUAUUCACAAUAUAGAAAAGAGAAAAUUUCUAUGGUAUGCUAUGUGAUUUGAUUCAA